AGUUAUAAAAGAAAUGAGUGAGCCACCAUCAUUUGAUCCCUGUGAAUGCAUAUUUAGCCCGGCAGCUGCUAUGCAGCGUCUAAUUUCAUUAUUGAGAAAUUCACAAAGUUAUUGUACUGAUGAGCAAUGCUUUGGGACUCCUCCAGGACCUGGUAGUAAUGCUGAUACAGGUGUUCAUCUUAUGUUGAUGGCAAUAGGUUGGGUAAUUCUAGCUUUAGUUUUGUAUUUAUUGCGACCACAAAGUUUGCGAGAUGCUCCAGAAAAGCCUGAACGAUUGAAUGAUGACAAUGGUAAUCAACCCCCACCAUCAAUUAUGUAAAUACGAAAAAAUAAGAUGAUCUUUUUUACCUUUUUAUUGUGGUUUUUAUUUGGUAAUUAUGUUUUAGGUGAUCAGACUCUUUUAUCUUUGGGAGGUAUAGACUUUUAAAAAGAACAAAUAAUAUUUAUUUUGGACUUUAUAUAAUUGUCAAUAUUUAUCUUUUUGUUUAUAUUGAAUUUUAUGGAAGUUAUAAUAAUUUUAUAAACGUUUGAACUUUUCAAAAGAUUUUAACGACAAAUUAAUUUUGUAUAAUUAAUGAUUUUGAAAUUAAAAUGAACAUUUUUAUUUGGUCAUUAAAGUUUCGGUAAGUAAUUCAUCAAGUUGAAAACAUUUUAUCAAAAAGUUUUGUUAAUUAUAAAGUGCAUCUCAAAUAAAUAUCUUUUUGUGCAUAUUUUUGAUUUAUUAUGUAUUUAUAUAGCUUUCUAUUGUUUGCACUUUUAUUUUAGUUAGCAGGUGUAUGUAUGCAUUAUUUGUUUUAUUAUAUGAGUUGUGGUCUUGCCAGGAAUUUUUAGGGCAAAUUAUUUAUACUCAUAAUUGCUUAAAUAAGAGUUUCUCUUU